UUCAUAAUACCGUAACUCGGUUCUUCUUUUUCGUUUUUGUUCGUUGACGUCUCUCUUGUGGGUUUUAGAAAAAAUUGGAAAUGUCAUCAGUGUGGAGGAGUUGUUUACGCGCCUCCUUCUCUCGUCACCGUAUCUCUAAUCUGUUCUUCUCCAACUCUCUUAAACCCUUCAUCUCCUCCCAUCCUCCUCCUCUGUUCUCUCCCUCGCCGCCGUGUUUGCCCCCUCUCCACCGCCGAUUCAUCUCUUCUUUCCCAGAAUUUCCAAUUGGGUCUCACGAAAUCAUCAUCCCUAACGAUGAUUCUUCUUUACCCGUUCACGCCGUCGUUAAUUUUCUCGACGGGUUUCAUCAAUUCACAGGAUUGCCUUGGUGGAUGAUUAUUGCAUCUUCUACUGUUGCUGUUAGAUUAGCUUUGUUGCCUUUACUUAUUCUUCAACUUAAGAAACUGAAGACCAUCUCUGAGUUGUUACCUCAGUUGCCUAUGCCGAUCCCGGCGACUCCAACAUUAAGAGCAUCUAUUGAUCAGUUUUCUCACUUCCUUAAAGAAAGCCGAGCUAUUGGGUGCCCCUCCUUUUUGUGGUUCUUCCCAUACUUAUCUCUCCAGCUCCCAUGCUUUUUCUUGUUGAUGGCUAGCAUCCGGAAGAUGUCACUAGAUGGUCAUCCUGGGUUUGAUUCUGGUGGUGCCUUGUGGUUCCAGAAUUUAAGUGCUCUUCCUGGUGGUUCUUUUGGACCAGUCUUUCCAAUUUUAAUUGCUGGCUUCCAUUACAUUAACAUACAGAUUUCUUUUGAUUCUCCCACAAUUCGUCAAACUACCGGCUUGACUGGGUUGCUUAUGAGAUAUUACAAGUUAUAUUUGGAGAUCUUGAGUGUUCCUUUGUUUUUUGUUGGCUAUGCUAUUCCACAGGGAAGUCUUGUCUAUUGGGUAACCAACAGCUCAGUAAAUAUAUUUCAGCAAUUAUCUCUCAAGCACCCUACAGUAGGAGCAAAACUUGGUUUACUGGGUCAGGGAGCCUCUCCAAGCGUUGGGCACUCUAUGGAGAUCAGCGAGUCAGUGAUCAAGUAUGUGGACUCCGACUCACAGGAGCAGACCCUUUCUCUACAGACGCUAACACCAGAAGAACUUCUUUCUCUAUCAGUUCAGGUCUUGUCAAAAGGUGAUAAAGAAACAUCCAUUCAGUUGCUGCGAUUAGCUCUUGAAAAGGAUCCUGGAUAUGUAAGAGGUUUGGUUCUCAUGGGGCAGGCUUUAUUGCAGAAGACGCAGUUGGCAGAAGCUACUCAAUAUUUGGAGCUUGCUAUCUCCAAGUUGCUUGAUGGGGCUCCAUCUGACGCUGAGGAUGUUGAACUUUUCAUGCUUGCAUCUCAGUGGGCUGGUGCUGCAUAUGUACAACAGGGAAAAAUGAAAAGCGGAAUAACACACUUGGAAAGAGUAGCAAACCUGAAAGAACCUGGUGAUCCUAAGAGCAAAGAGCAUUACUUUGAGUCAUUGCUGCUUCUUUCAAGCGCUUUGUACAAAGAAGGGCAGAGUGAUGAAGCUGCAAAAAUUCUACGAGUAGUAGUGGAUCACAAUCCAGCGUACAAGCCUCUGCUGGAACAGUGUCAAGAUGAGAACGAGCUGGUUAGCGAUCUUGUCAGUCGCAGGAAGGACUAUUACUAAAUACUAAUCCUCUCCACCUUGGCUUGUGCAACCUUCAUUGUAAGUAUUUGAAUACUAUGCUCUCCCGCGGGAGUGUUCAAUUUUCAAUAGUUAAUAUAACCUUGUAGGUUAGCAAUAGUGUAUAUGUGUAAAUUCAAUUGGUGGAUACUAGAAACCAUUCAAAACUAAUAAAACUAGAUCCGAAAAGUCGCAACAAAAGUACAUACAAAGUUGAGAUUUAGUACACCACUUGUUUGAGACUUUAUGAGUCCUGAACCUACUACUACACAAACACACCAUCAAACUAGAUUAUUCCGAUA